AUGGCCACUUCGAACCAGACCGGCCCUUCAACCGCAAAUGUCGAAAACUUGAAGCAGAAGAAUGAGCAGUAUGCGGCUGGAUUUACUCAAGGGCAGCUUGCGUUACCACCUGCGAAAAAGUACUUAGUUGUGACCUGUAUGGAUGCAAGGAUUGAUCCUAAGUCUGCCUUCGGAAUCGAGCUCGGUGAUGCUCAUGUCAUUCGCAAUGCCGGCGGCAACGCUAAAGACGCUCUGCGCUCGAUUUUGAUCUCCCAGCAUCUCCUCGGGACCCGUGAGAUCAUACUUGUGAAACAUACUGGCUGCGGCAUGCUGACCUUCGGCAAUUCUGAUGCCCUCAAAAUCGUCGCACAGAAUGUCGGAGCCGGAGUCCUGGAUUCGACAUUUGAUUUUCAAUCUUUCCCAGAGCUCGAGAAGGCUGUGCAGGACGAUGUUGAAUGGCUGCAAAGCCACAGCGCCUUGAUCAAGGACACGGCUAUCAGCGGUUGGGUCUACGAAGUUGAGACUGGCAAGACGAAGCAGAUCGUCUGA